AUGAUCGUCACCAUUCAGGAGACACAACCUCAGAAUAUCCCGAAGCACCACUACAUGCCAAACAAGUGUUGGGAGCUACCGCACAAGGACAGUUGCAUCACGGGAGGCUGGGGUUAUGGCGAUGAUAUAUAUGUGGGUGAGAUCAGGGUGUACUUGCUGGCCUUCCACCCCAAGGAGGAUUACGAGAGACUGGCCUACCUGAAACACAGGUCUCUUGAAGACAUCGUGGAGGAGGGGUACGGCAUGCUCAUAUGGUUGAAGUCAGAAAACCUCAGCAAGGAGGAGAAGGAGCAAGCCCAGAGGUCUCUGCAACAUUACCGCAAGACCAUGACCCCAUCAGGAAAAAAGCAUUUUACUUGA